CGGUACCGGGCUGCGGGCGUUCUCUCACUCAGCUGCAGGAGGACGCGGACUGUUGUGUCCGUGUGUCUUUGUCAUGUUGAAGCACGCGUGAAAAGUGUGUGUUUGUGUGACGUGAGUGGCGCGCGAGGAUGCUGACAGACAUGAUGAUUGUGGAGGAGGAAUUUGAGAUCAAGGAGGAGGAACCGUGGUACGACAAGCAGGACCUGGAACAUGACCUGCAGCUGGCAGCCGAGCUUGGGAAGACUCUUCUGGAGAGGAACAGGGAGCUGGAGCAGGGGCUGCAGCAGAUGCACUCCACCAACCAGGAGCAGCUGCAGGAGAUCGAGUACCUGAUGAAGCAGGUGGACCUCCUCAGGCAGGUCAAUGAUCAGCAUGCUAAGGUGUACGAGCAGCUGGACGUGUCGUCCAGAGAGCUGGAGCACAGCAACCACAAACUGCUCCUGGACAACAAGGCGGCUCAGCAGAAGAUCCAGGGGCUGACUGAGACGGCGGAGCUGCUGCAGACGCAGGUGGAGGAGCUGCAGCAUCAGGUGGAGGAGCUGAAGCUGCGUCCUCAGCCGCCGCCCAGGGAGAGGCGCUCGGCUCGCGGCAGUCAGAGUGUGUCCUGUCUGAAAGAACUGCAAAACACACUCAGGUUUGACUACGAUCCAGAUGAGCCCUCGGACGACCUCAAGUCCCGCGACGCGUCGUGGCAUGAGGAGGAGCAGGCCUCGCUGCGGAAAUCCCUGCACUCUCUUCAGACCCAGUUUGCCAGUGAGCGUGCUCGACGGGAGGAGGCAGAGCGAGAGGCUGAGCUGCUCGCCAGGGAGAACGCGACCCUGGAGCAACAGCUGUCAGGGAUGGACAGAUGUCGGGCCAGAGUGCUCGAGCUGGAGUGUGAGGCUGAAGAACUCCGUCAUCUCUGGAAAUCCCAGUCCUCCAAGAAAUCCUCCAACCACAACCUGCUCCCACACUCGCUGUUCCUCCUCCAUCCAGAUGAGGAGAGUGAAGGGGAAGCGGCUGCACCCAAAAAGCCCUCGGCACUGAAGCGCUGGGGCAGCGAGAAGCAGAUGAAGGCGGUGCAGGCGUCCGACUCUCCUGACAGGAUCUACGACCACGAGUGCUCGUGCGUGCGCCGCGCCGAGGUGGUCAAGUAUCGCGGCAUCUCGCUGCUCAAUGAAGUCGACGCCCAGUACAGUGCCUUGCAGGUGAAGUACGACGAGCUACUGCGACGCUGCCAACUGGGCCUGCAGGAGGGAGAGCAGGGCGGACAUGAAGUGGUCCAGACUCCGUCCCUCACCGGUGCACGUUCUGCUCUGACACAGGUGGAGGACUUUGAUGAGGACUUUCACCAGCCAGAGUACAAGGAACUUUUUAGGGAGAUUUUCUCCCGUAUCCAGAAAACCAAAAAGGACCUGAUAGAAAACAGAGGGGCGCCCUCAGCUGACCUGCUGCAAGAAUGAUUAUUGUCUUCCAGUUGCAGAGGGACUCUUAGGAAAGACUUGUUCAGCAGUCAGGUCUACACUUGCCCAGAAAUGAUGGACAUAAGACAUAAGAGUGAUGCAGGAAACCAGAACAAAUACCACCAGCACACGUCUCAGAUGUGGCUCUUUUGCACAGAAACACCAGUGCCUAACGCCGCCGCCGCCGCCGCUACUGUGCAAUCACUCUACCUCACUUUGCGCAGGCCUAUUUCCAAACAAGCUCCUGAGGAAAUCAUUUCUGGGGAAUAACCUCCAUCUGUAACACUGCAUUUUCCUUUUAAUGUAAAUAUAAAUUCACUGAAAUGUUCCUGGAAAAGAGGCAGACUUUAGAUGCUAAUUACAGAGAAUCAGUAAUAAACACACAAGGAAUUUUCUUUGGGGCAUUAGACAAUACACAAUAUAAAAAGAAAACCUAAAUAUUUAGAGUUCAGCUGUAUUUUUAAUUCUAAAUUUCAUUUUUGCAGGUAGUGUGCUAUUUUUGUGACAGAUUCUCCAUAUUUCCAGCCAGAAAAUGGAUCAUCAUUUUGGGAUUUCAGGGGGAGAAUGAGGCAGAUCAUUUAUUGAGGAAAAAGUACUAUCAAUUUAUCAUUUUAGCUCUAAACUGAUGACACUGAGUUAGAACUUUCACAGCUUCUUAUUUUACCUAUUUCCCUGUAAUUAGACGGUGAAUCUUUACGUCUUUCCAGGACACAUUUUUAGGAAAUGAGUAAGAUGAAGUGCUACAGUUGAAGUUGCUCUGAUGUGUUUGUCUUAUGUGAACUUUUUAAUUUAUUUGUCUUCUUUGCAUCUGUAUGAAAAAAGAAAAAAAAAGAAUCAGAUGUAUUGGUGAAACCUGUAAAGACAGUCAAUGCAAAGAUGAUAUAAUCUCUGAUGUUGUGUUAGUGAAGGAGUCAGAUUUAAGGUGAUUUAAGGUGCUGGAUUAUAUAAGAAUCUUCCUGUAACUGUAACGACUUCCUUCCUGAAAUUAUACUUGAUUACUGUAAAUUAGGUUAGAGGACGGAGUGAAUGUCAUAUAUGAAAGUAAAUGACUGUAUGUACUUGAUAAUGUAGUGGCCUGAUAUAUUCUGGACUAAUAGAAACGUGUCUUCUGCAGCAGAUGUGGUAUUUUUGCUGCCGUGUGUUUCUGUGUCCCGUUUUGGGCUUAAACACUGUGCACAUUUAUUUGUAGACGUCCCGUUGUUGAACCACAUUUGAGAUGCACUUUAGAAAUGCACAGAUACUGUCGACGCGCUCCUCACGCGUCGCGUUUCUCUCGUAAUGCAAAGUGUGACGAGCGACUACCUGAGUCAUUGGAUGUUUGUAUGUGUGGACAGUGUGUUUUUACCUGUUUCAUGGUUAUUGCUCUGAGCCAUAAAACAUGAAGCAAGAUGA